AUGUCUUCCUCUGCCAACCCAUUUGCGAGACGCGAGACCCAUCCAGUACAAGCAAUCUGGACCUACAAAGUUCUUACAAUCCUCACUUGGAUCGUCAAUGCCACCGCAUGUAUCUACUAUACAUUUGGGAUUCCCAACGAUGAUAAGAAAGGAUGGAGAAACUCUAUUUGGGGACAUAACAAGGCGUUUCCUACACCUUUCUCUCUAAAUGCAAUCAUCGCAUCGCUUUAUUGGCUCACCGUUCUAAUCCUACAAGUCGGAUAUAUGUGGCACUUGUUCUCCCCCAACUCUUCCCACGUCCAAGCAGCUGCCGGAGUUGGAAGCCACUUCAUCUUCAACAAUCUCUUCCAAUUUGCAUUCGUGAUGCUCUUCGUCCGGGGACACUUUAUUCUCUCCGAGAUUUUCCUCAUUAUCAAUUUCUUCAACCUUUCUUCGCUCUACUUCCGCCACAACACGCAAUCUCGAUGGAUCCACAUCCCAGUUGCUUCUGGACCACUUGCGUGGACAUUCGUGGCUCUGUACUGGAACGGUGCAAUUGCAGUUGGAGCUCAUCAUUUAGCAGCAAGGAUUUUGGCCAACGUUGCAAUCUGGGGAAUCUUGGUCUAUGGAUUCUUCUUCCUCAUUGUCUACAAGGACUAUACUAUGGGUUUCGCACUUUCCAUCUUGUCCGCAUCUCUUGGUGUCCACCAAUUUUUCAUCAAGACUAUCGCAUUCCAAUGGAUCUUUGCCUUUACCAUUAUGGCCACCUUGUUUGUCGCCACCCUUCUUAUUGCGAUUCCAGGUAUCUUUGGCAAAGAGUUCUCUAUCAGACGUGAGGGCGCCGUUGUGCCAGCCGACCAAGAGAGAGCACCACUUCUCGAGGACAACUGA